ACCAUACUAGAUACCUCUUUCUCUUUCUCUCUACUAUAACACUAUCUACUUAUCUCUCUCUCUCUCACUACAACACUAACACAAUCCAAAAAAUGACCAUACCUCUCAAGAAACUCUCUCUCUCCAUCAUCCUCCCCCUAACCCUAAUCUCUUUCUCCAUUUUUUCUAUUUCCCUCUCCACUCCUCUCCUCCUCCUCCUCCUCUUGCUCCUCUCCCUCUCCAUUAUCUUCUUCUACAAAUCCAGCUACUCCACCACCCCUCCUGGCCCCCCCUCCCUCCCCGUAUUCGGCAACUGGCUCCAAGUCGGCAACGACCUCAAUCACCGCUUCCUUGCCGACCUCUCCUGCAAAUACGGCCCCGUCUUCCUCCUCAAACUCGGCUUGCGAAACCUCGUAGUCGUCUCGGAGCCGACCCUCGCCAAAGAAGUCCUCCACACCCAAGGGGUCGAGUUCGGCUCCCGCCCUCGAAACGUCGUGUUCGACAUCUUCACGGGCAACGGCCAAGACAUGGUCUUCACCGUCUACGGCGAUCACUGGCGCAAGAUGCGCCGCGUGAUGACCCUGCCAUUCUUCACAAACAAAGUGGUGCAACAAUACAAGGAGACAUGGGAGGAGGAGAUGGAGCUCGUUGCGAGCGACCUGCGAUCGGAUCGGACGGCUAAAAUCGAAGGGGUGGUGAUAAGGAAGAGGUUGCAAUUGAUGCUUUACAAUGUCAUGUAUAGGAUGAUGUUUGACAUGAAGUUUGAGUCCAUGGAGGAUCCUUUCUUCGUCGAGGCGACGAAGUUCAAUUCGGAGCGGAGCCGAUUAGCACAAAGCUUUGAGUAUAACUAUGGGGAUUUUAUUCCUAUACUUAGACCAUUUUUGAGGGGUUAUUUGAAUAAGUGCAAGGAUUUGCAAAGUAAGAGGUUGGCAUUCUUCAACAACUACUAUGUGGAGAAAAGAAGAAACAUCAUGGUGGCAAACGGAGACAAGCACAGGCCACAGUGUGCGAUCGAUCACAUCCUAGAAGCCGAGAAGAACGGAGAGAUCACCGCCGACAACGUAACUUACAUCGUAGAAAACAUCAACGUCGCAGCGAUAGAGACCACAUUGUGGUCCAUGGAGUGGGCUAUUGCGGAGUUAGUGAACCACCCCGCGGUCCAAACCAAGCUCCGGCUCGAGCUCGACGAAGCCCUCGGCGGCGAGCCGGUGUCGGAGUCGAAUCUCCACAAACUUCCUUACCUACAAGCAGUUAUCAAAGAAACUCUUCGGCUUCACACCCCUAUUCCACUUCUAGUCCCCCACAUGAACCUCGAGGAGGCGAAGCUCGGCGGUUAUACUAUUCCCGCGGGUUCCAAGGUAGUGGUGAAUGCGUGGUGGCUAGCGAACAAUCCGGAGUUGUGGCAAUCACCGGAGGAGUUCCGGCCGGAGCGGUUCCUCGAGGAGGAGGGGGUGGUGGACGCGGCGGUGGGGGGCGGGAGGGUGGAUUUUAGGUUCCUGCCAUUCGGCAUGGGCCGGCGGAGCUGCCCAGGGAUCGUGCUGGCGCUGCCGAUUCUGGGGAUCGUGAUCGGGCGGCUCGUGGCCGGGUUUGAGAUGCGGCCGCCGCUGGGGACGGAGAAGGUCGACGUGGCGGAGAAGGGCGGGCAAUUCAGCUUGCACAUUGCCAAGCACUCCGUUGUGGCAUUCCAACAAAUUCAAAAAUGAAUUCGCAGCGAAUAAGGAUGUGCAUCUUUUGUUGGAUUUUUUUUUUUUUUUUACAAAAAAUUUGAUAUGUUCUUUGAUGGUAAAAGCUUAAUAUAUAGUCUAUAUACAGCAUCAAAUAAAAAAAAAUUAGUUAAUAUAUGUGAUUGAGAUGAUAGGUUUGUUGAAAAUGAUUGAUUCCAAAUGUAAUGACUUGGCAUAUUAUAAAG